AUGCUUGUGGGUUACAGCAUCAUGCCACCAAUAUUAAUGAGUUUAUUCGGUUUUUGGACAAUCUAUAAUGUACGUCGCCUAAGACGAAUUGCACCUAGAACAACAGCAUCCAGAAUUAUUGUAUUGCCAAAUAAAAAUCAACAAUUAGCAUUUAUAUUAUUAUUUCAAGUUAUAUUCAUAUCACUGACAACUGUGCCACAUGCAACUGAAAAACUAUAUAAUACGUUAAUAUCCAAUACUGUUAAAAGUGAUCUUGUUCUUGCAAGAGCCAAUCUUUAUUCCGAACUGGCUCGUGCAAUAUCGUUUACUAAUCAUACAUGUUCAUUUUAUAUUUUAACUCUGUCUGAAAAAAUGUUUCGUAGAGAAUUGAUAAAAAUGUUUCAAGACAUUAGACGUUAUUUUAUGCCUUGA